CUCCAGCUUUUCGAGCGCGGCGUUCUCAUCUACUGCUCGAAGUUACGACCCGCUUCGUGUUCUGACCGCUACAAACUUCGCGUGGAAAACUUGGGCCUAGCGGACUCGGUCAUCAUGUCCGCCGCAGUCACGAUUGCAAACGGUGAGAUGGUCGAGCGUCUUCGUCAGGCCGUCAAAGAUUGUGCCGACAGAGGACUCCACCAGGCAUCCAAAUGGGCUGCCGAGCUUCUAUCAUCCAUAGAGCUGUCGAAGAGGCAUCCAGUGGCAGAUGUUAAGGGCGCUUUUUCCACGUCUACACCGGCACGGCUGCGUUCACCUCGUCGCUCUAUAUCUCCUGGCAGCUCCUCUCCCUCACCUGAUGCUUUAGCGUCAUCAUCUUCAUCUCUACCACCACCUCCAGUUCAUCGACACCCACAUGUGCCAAUAGCUUCAGAUGUCGACGACAUUGGGGUACGGAUACGGGAGAUAAAGAUCGAGUCCAUGGAAGAGGACACGUUAUCUAUGGGCAAAGCCUACUUUGAUGCGAGAGAAUUUACUCGUGCCGCUCACGUUCUGUCGUCGUGCUCCAGCGCACGUGGACAAUUUCUAACGAUUUACAGCCGGUUCUUGGCCAGUGAGAAAAGGGCGCUCCGAGAUUGGAACAAACUGGAUGGUGGUCGUCAACAGGCUGCGGUUCCCGUAAAUGCAUCCAUUUUUGUGAUGCUUGAAGACGCAACAAAGCUUUCGAACGAAGCAGACCCGUGGAUAUUAUUUCUGCGUGGUCUUCUGCUAUAUCGAUUGGAUAGGCGAGAAGAGGCCAUUGAGUGCACGCUCCUUUCGCUCCAGCGAUAUUCUUGGAAUUGGUCGGCCUGGACACUCUUGAGCAAUCUCAUCCACGAUGGUGAAGAGCUAUCUGCGCUCUUACCUUUGAUGCCACGACCUCCAACACAUCCGCUUGUACAACUCUUUCAAGUUCGAACGAUGAACGCACUUCACCAGUCUUCAGAAAACGAACUCGGAUUAUGCGAGCGACUGCUCGGCACGGAUUACUUCCCUCAUAGCUUGUGGAUCAUGAGCCUCCGUGCAUGUGUCCUCUAUCACCUUCACGAUUUUGGGCAAGCGGAGCUCCAGUUCCAGAAGAUUCUUGCUGUAGAUCCUUACAGAAUAGAUGAUAUCGACAUAUACUCUAAUAUUCUCUACGUCACAGAAAAUAGGCUCAAAUUGGCAAAUUUGGCACAUGAUUUUCUCCUACUGGACAAAGAUCGACCCGAAGUGUGCUGUCUCGUUGGCAAUCACUACUCUUUGCGCGCAGAACACGAAAAGGCUUACGUGGAGAUGAAAAAUUCGCAUGCGGCCAUCGAAGCCUAUCGCCGGGCUGUGGAUGUGAAUCGGAAAGAUUACCGAGCGUGGUAUGGUCUUGGACAAGCGUAUGAAUUACUAAACAUGCAUCAAUACGCGCUGUACUACUAUCAACACGCAACUUCUCUUCGACCAUACGAUGUCCGACUGUGGCAAGCGCAAGGCGCUAGUUAUGAAGAGAUGGGCAGGCUACGUGAAGCGAUUGAUUGCUUCAAGCGUGCCUUGCUGGGCGCAGAUGUCAAUGAAAUCACUAUCAAUCUCAAACUUGCCAAGCUUCACGAAGACCUGGAGGAGUAUGUUGAAGCGGCGGCAUAUCAUCGGCGAGUGAUAGACGUGUGCAAGAGCACCUUGAAAGCGAUAGGCGAAUAUGCCAAAUCCCUCGUAUUCGUUGCGCGCUAUCAUUUUGAGAAAGGAGGAGGAGAACUGGACCUAGCUCGAGAGUAUCUUGAAAAGGUCGCUGCGAGUAACUCGGAGGAGGCUGAUAGGGCGUCUGAUCUUUUGAAGAAGGUGAGAGUUGCACUCGAAGUCAAAGCACGGGAGCGGGAUGCAGUAGGUCCGGGAGAGCAGUCAAUGGACUCUGAGGCGAUGAGUGUAGCUCCAAUAUGA